CAACGUGCUGCGUUCAAAUGCUGUCGUCCUUUUAUUAGGCCAGGAUUUCGCAGGCUCGGCCAACAGUGCGGCUGUUGUUGGUCGCCGCGAGUGGUGACCGAGACCUGCUUGGAGGCGUGUUUGCCUGCUCGACGCAAAUCUCUUGUCGACACGUUUGCCUGCCUGCCUGUCUGUCUGUCUGCCUCUUCGUCACAUAAGCUUUCUGAAACCCGAGUCAGCUAGCUGACUGGCUAGCUAGCAUGCUUUCCGCCGUUACCACCGUCCUUAAACGCACCGGCGUCCGACAUUGCGUGAGGUCGAUCCACUCUUCUUGUUUCCUCAAAAUGCCGAUUAAGGUGGGCGACGCUCUUCCUGCAGUGGAAGUCCACGAGGGCAAGCCGGAAACUAAGGUGGCCAUGAACGAACUCUUCAAGGGGAAGAAAGGCAUCCUCUUUGCCGUCCCUGGAGCGUUCACCCCCGGGUGCUCCAAGACUCACCUGCCGGGUUUCGUGGAGCGGGCGGCCGACUUGAAGAGUAAAGGCGUGCAGGAGGUGGCCUGCGUGUCCGUCAACGACGCUUUUGUCAUGGCUGCCUGGGGAAGGGAGCACGGAGCGGACGGCAAGGUACGGAUGCUGGCUGAUCCCACGGGAGCGUUCACCGAGGCUGUGGACUUGCUACUGGACGGGGAUCAGAUCGUGCAAGUGCUCGGAAACAAGAGAUCAAAGAGAUACGCGAUGCUGGUGGAGGACGGCGUCGUGAAGAAGAUCAACGUGGAACCCGACGGCACCGGGCUGACCUGCAGUCUGGCGCCCAGUAUUAUGGCCGAACUCUAGACUCGGUUCCGACUUGUCUACCAAACUGUCGACGUUGCACUAACCGGUCCAGAUCUGUCCCAAUGCGUCUUCCUCGUCCUCGAGAGCCCCGCAAAUGUUGCAUGAGUGCUCGUUGUAAAAUGGAGAUGGCGGGUCAUUAAUGCGCACAAAUAUGACACCGAUAUUAAUAAAACCUAUAUAUGCUG